AUGGGAAAUUCUCAAUGCUGUUCUAUAUAAUCAGAUGACAAAUCUGAGAUUAUUCUUAAAAAUGAUCUCGAACGUAGGUCUUCCAAUAAGGAAUCAAAUAAAAGAUAAUAAGAGUAUAUUCUGUUUACUCCAAAUUAAGGGUUCUUAAUUCCAAAAGCAUAGAUAUUGUCCAUCCAAAUUAAUACGAUGAGCCAGCCACUCCUGGAUUCGCUAAACUCAAAUCUUAUGAAAGCAAACAAUCCCAAUAAUCUUAAUCAGAGAUUUAACUAGUAGAAGAAAUUGCUUUCAAUUUUGAUGACUUUUCUUAAUAAAAUAACAAUCUUUAAUAAAGUCCAAUCUAAUCAUAACGAUCCUUGAAGAAAAAAAAAAAAGACGAUUCACCAAUUUGUGAUUUUUAACCCAAGAAUUCACUUAGAUCUUUUGAUUCCAAAAAAUUAACUAAAUUCUAAAACCUAUCUCAACAUAGAGUUAAAUUCGAUGAUAGCAAUGAUAAUGAUAGUUAAAGAAGUAAUAGCAUUGAUAAUAAAUCCAUUAAAAGCAUUAUGAAAUAAGAAUUAAAAUAUUGCUAAUUCCGAAAAAUGUAAACUGUAGGGGAUCCAUAAUCAAGAAAGAAAGUCUAAUUUUCUAUUCAUAAAUGA